UGACCAACCAGUAUAUAUAGCUCAGGCGCAGAAACCAAAUCAGAGUUAGUUGUCUUGCUACGUCAGUGAACGUACAGGCAAUCUCGAGCGAAAAAUCCAGUCUUUACCAAACAACUCGUCGUUCGUUUCAUAACAUCUUCGACACUUACGUAAACACCAACUGCAAGAAAAUGGCCGUUAGUCAAUGUCGUCAGAAUUUCCACUCGGAAAGCGAGGCGGGGAUCAACCGUCAGAUCAACAUGGAGCUGUACGCCAGCUACUGCUACCAGUCUAUGGCCUACUACUUUGACCGAGAUGAUGUUGCACUUCCCGGCUUCUCCAAGUUUUUCAAGCACCAAUCUGAUGAGGAGCGUGAGCACGCUGAGAAGUUCAUGAAAUAUCAGAACAGGCGUGGAGGUCGCAUUGUCCUGCAGGACAUCAAGAAACCUGAAAGGGAUGAGUGGGGAACAGGCCUUGAAGCCAUGCAGAUGGCCCUACAGCUGGAGAAGAGUGUGAACCAGUCCUUGUUAGACUUGCACAAGCUGUGCAGCAGUCAUGAUGAUGUCCAGAUGGCAGAUUUCCUAGAGUCUGAGUACCUGGAGGAGCAGGUCAAGUCCAUUAAGGAGAUCAGUGACCACAUCACCAACCUGAAGCGCGUGGGACCUGGACUCGGAGAGUACAUGUAUGACAAGGAGAGCCUCAGCAGUUAAGCCGCUGACCAGCUGCCAGUCAAGGUCAAGUUGCUGACCGUAUGGGCCAUGUCUACGUGUUUGUCCGUCUUGCUUUUGGAGUAGAAAUUUUAAACUAAAGCCGUAAGAUCUACAAAUUUGGAAUCUCUUGUUUUGAAAAGAUUUUCUUGUUUUAUAACUUGUAUAAGAAAAAGGGCCCAAUAAAUUUAUGUCAAUGUUAA